CUCAGCAGGUCGUGCCUGGCGAUCAUCAUCAACCACACAAGCUCGACUCUUGACUUUUUCUUCGUUUUUACUCUUUUAUUGUCCUUUUUACUUUUUUUCAUCGGCCCGUCCCUAGCAACGACGCUGAUGCGAAUCAUGCCCUCACCUACUCGGUCUGUCGCCCGCCCUAGGGCUGCAUCAGGAAGGCGUCGUGGAGACCGUUCGCUGUCAGAAGCAUAGCUAGUGCGCGGGGCAGAGUCACUGGCAGGGUCAUCGUUCCAAGUCCGCCCUGGUCGACGGACAAAGUCAUGGCUUCAUGCUUACCUACAUGAAUCGCCAAUCUCAGCUUUGAUGCCGCGUGGCCGUCGCCAUAAACACAAUGAUCCCGUCGGUAUAGGGUUGUGCUCGCGUCCCAAACAAACGUACCUCGGCAAGACCUGAGCUUCAACUUCAAGGGGCUAGAUGCCGAUGGCCGAACUGGAAAAGUUGACUCGCAGUAUUUCGCAAGUAGAAAUAUCUCCGAGUAUCCGGGUUGAACGGGUUUCCACUUCCCAACUCCCAAUCCCAUCAAUCACUGCGGGGCAACGGCUCAACGGCUUCCCACUCCGACCGCUAAUACCCUGGGUGUUCGCAUCGUCCAAUAUAGGCCGCACAACCUCCACUGACGGUUACCGUUCCCGAUGAACUCUCGCCCUGUGAAGGCGAUGGCUCCAAUAUUCUGACCAUUAGGUAUCUGUGCCCACUCUGUAAGGGGCCGCCGAAGUCAAUGAGCGUUCGCAGACAAGCCUCGAAGGUCUUGGUUUGGGCUAAGGCCGGGGAAAAAUCGGGGCCGCCUCAAGCUUUCACGACACGGAAGGGGAACAACCUGGAAAGAGGAGCUAUCAGGGACUUAAGGCUCCACAGCAUGCAGACGCGAUUCUUCGGACCGACAUUUUAAUUGGUCUAGCAUGUUGACCCCCUGAUCAUUGACAACCACAUCCGUUGUUUGUUCCGGUGAUAUCGUGCGGUCGGGCAUUAUGUACCAGUUGCAUGGUCUUAGACCCAAAACAGGAAGGCAUCCCAGAGAAUCCUUGUCUCUUGCGCACCUUCCACAGUGGACUGAACACACUGACUGUAUCACACCAAGUUGUGCGUGCCAAAUGAUGGCCUCUUUUGCGGUGUUAAGUACAAUGCUUCCCCCGAGUCCCCUCCUUAAAUUCCACCCUGCCAUGCUUCGGGCACAACGACCUUGACACAGACAUCUGUCUACCUCUGAUUACUUUCCCUACCCGGCGUCGCGAGCAUGGCGUCCAGUCCCAAGAGCCCCAAGAGCGACCAAGCGUCCAACCCACCAGCACCCGUCGCGCCUGGUCACGGCCCAACACCGCUCACGGCCGAGGAACAAAACGCAGCUGGUCUUCUUCCAGCUUCGCAUUGGGCAGCUCAACCUCUCGAAGAAGACGAUACAGUAGAUGAUGGCGCCUCUUCACUCGGCUCCUUCAUUUCGAGCUCCGCUUCCUUAAGUUCGACUAUCUUUCAGUACCGCACUAUCCAUGGAAGGACUUACCACGGUGAUGUUGGCAAUGCCGAGUCAUAUGAGCCCAAUGACCAACGUCACGUCGAGGCCAUGGAAAUCUUCCACCACGCCAUGUUGGUUCAGCUGGAUGGAAAGCUCUACCUUUCACCACUUGAUAAGAAGAGGAUUCAUAAAGUGCUGGACGUUGGGACAGGCAGUGGCCUGUGGGCCAUUGAUUUUGCCGACGAAUACCCCAACACGGAAGUCAUUGGCACCGACGUUUCCCCCAUCCAGCCUUCGUGGGUUCCUCCCAAUGUGAAGUUCGAAAUCGACGAUUGCAAUCUAGACUGGACAUAUGCCGAGAAUAGCUUCGAUUUCAUCCACAUGCGCAUGUUGGCAGGCGUUGUUAACGACUGGGAUAAGCUGUUCCGUAACGCGUUCCGGUGUUGUAAGCCGGGCGGUUAUGUAGAAAGCAUUGGCAGUAGUAUCCAUUUCUUGAGUGAUGAUGGAUCGGUUAAGGAAGGUACUGCUAUGCAUCAAUGGGGCAAGGUUUUGGGCGAGGCUGGCAAGAAAUUGGGAAGACCGUUCAAUGUGUAUGAGGACGAUUUGCAACGCAAGGGUAUGGAAGCGGCCGGAUUUGUUGACAUUGAGUUCAAGGACAUUCAAUGUCCCCUGGGGGUCUGGCAUCCUGAGAAGAAAGCGGCAGAAAGGGGGCUGUGGUAUAAGUUGGCAAUCGAGGAAGAUCUUGAGGGGUACCUCAACUACCUUCUCAAUGUCGUCAUGGGCUGGACUCCAGAGGAGACCAAGAGGUUUGCUGCCCACGCCAAGAAGGAGUGGAACAAUCCCAAGAUUCACGGCUAUUUCUGGCUGCGUGUGAUGUACGGUCGCAAACCAGAAUAAAGUCUUUGGGGGGGGGGGGGGG